CUUUUAGGGUCAGGUGUACGAUUGUAGGUCAUGGCGCUGGCCUCGCGAGCGUGGCGCUUCCUUAGCUUGGCACGUGGGGCCCCGGGGCCUCGGUUCCCCGCGAGGACUCCGGGCGGCCCGGCGCAGUGCGGCCUCCGGCCGUUCCGCGGCUCCGAGGUGAUAGGAAACCCAGGAAUUUUCAAAAGAGGCCUUUUAUUCUCAGCCUUGUCUUACUUGGGUUUUGAAACUUACCAAGUCAUUUCUCAGGCUGCUGUAGUUCAUUGCACAGCUAAAGUUGAAGAGAUUCUUGAGCAAGCAGACUACCUAUAUGAAAGUGGAGAAACAGAAAAACUUUAUCAGUUGCUAACUCAAUACAAGGAAAGUAAAGAUGCAGAGUUACUGUGGCGUUUGGCACGGGCAUCACGUGAUAGAGCUCAGCUUAGCAGGACUUCAGAAGAGGAGAAGAAGCUUCUUGUGUACGAAGCCCUUGAAUAUGCGAAAAGAGCACUGGAAAAAGAUGACUCAAGCUCUGCUGCCCAUAAGUGGUAUGCAAUCUGCAUUAGUGAUGUUGGAGAUUAUGAAGGCAUCAAGGUUAAAAUUGCAAAUGCCUACGUUAUCAAGGAGCAUUUUGAGAAAGCAAUUGAACUGAACCCUAAAGAUGCUACCUCAAUUCACCUUAUGGGUAUCUGGUGCUAUACAUUUGCCGAAAUGCCAUGGUAUCAAAGAAGAAUUGCUAAAAUGCUGUUCGCAACUCCUCCUAGUUCCACCUAUGAGGAGGCCUUGGGCUACUUUCACAGAGCAGAACAAGUGGAUCCAAACUUCUACAGCAAAAACUUGCUUCUUUUAGGAAAGACAUACUUGAAGCUAAACAAUAAGAAGCUUGCUAUUUUAUGGCUAAUGAAAGCCAAGGACUAUCCAGCACACACAGAAGAAGAUAAACAGAUACAGACAGAAGCUGCUCAGUUGCUUACAAGUUUGUGAUGAGAACUGAAAACUUUCAGAGAAGAAAAUAAAAGAAAAUACGCAACAAAUUGCUUUUUAAUUGAAAUAUAUAUAAUAAUUAACCAGAUUGUUUUGUGGCUUUUUUCUCAGUUCUUUUAAUGUUGUGAACAUUAAAUUGACUAACUAUUCAAAA